AUGCCGCUUCAUCACUUGAUGAUAGGAACAUGGACGCCGCCAGGCGCUAUCUUCACCGUGGCCUUCGACGACGAGAAAUUGACGUUGGAGCUGGUCAAGCGAACUGAAAUUCCUAAUGACGAGCCCAUCUCAUGGAUGACCUUCGAUCACGCCAAGAAGAACAUCUAUGGAGCGGCCAUGAAGAAAUGGUCUAGCUUCGCCGUCAAGAGCCCGACGGAAAUCAUACAUGAGGCCUCGCACCCGAUGAACCACGACCCCCAAGCGAGCCUAGCUACGACUAAUACACGCGCCAUCUUCCUCCUCGCGGCGAAACAGCCCCCUUAUGCCGUCUACUGCAACCCCUUCUACUCCCACGCCGGUCAUGGGAGCGUCUUCUCGAUCUCAUCGUCAGGUAAACUCGCCGACAACAUUCAGAACUUCCCUUACCAGCCGAAUACGGGAAUUCACGGCAUGGUGUUUGAUCCGACGGAAACGUACCUGUACUCGGCGGACCUCAAGGCGAACAAGCUCUGGGUUCACAAGAAGGCGGGUUCAGGUUCGGUGGAGCUCGUGGGCAGCGUGGAUGCACCAGAUGCCAAGGACCAUCCACGAUGGGUGGCGAUGCAUCCUUCAGGUCAAUACCUGUACGCGCUCAUGGAGGCGGGCAACAGGCUCUGCGAAUACGUGAUCGAUCCGGCGACGCACAUGCCUGUAUAUACGCAUCACUCGUACCCGCUGAUCCCGCCCGGCAUCCCCAACUCGAACACGAUGUACCGUAGCGAUGUCUGUACUCUGACCAAGUCGGGGCGGUACCUGUUCGCGACGAGCCGGGCCAACAGCUUCGACCUGCAAGGGUAUAUUGCGGCGUUCCGGCUGCGAGACUGCGGGUCGAUCGAGAAGCAGAUAUGUCUCAACCCAACGCCGACGAGCGGCGGCCACAGCAAUGCGGUGGCACCGUGCGACUGGAGCGAGGAGUGGCUCGCCAUCACGGACGACCAGGAAGGGUGGGUCGAGAUAUACCGAUGGAAGGACGAAUUCCUCGGGCGUGUCGCGCGGUGUCGCAUCCCAGAGCCUGGCUUUGGCAUGAACGCUAUCUGGUACGACUAG